AUGGUGAAGAUCUCUGAGCUCAACAGGGACUCUCCUUGCGCCUUCGCCCUCUGCUGCUGGAAGAGUUUGGAGAGCCAGGCACGGCGUGCUGGGAGACCAGGCCACUCCCUGGGCUUCUCGGAGGGGUGGCCGGGCAGGCUAGAUCGGGAUCUUGGGUCGCUACCGUGGCAGGUUCUACAAGUGACAAAUUCUGAGCAGCAAUUCCAGACGGGGCAGCCACCCUCAGUGUGCGGGGAAAAUAGGUCAAUGAGCAGUGCCUCCGCACCGCUCUCUCAGGGUGCUAUUGCCGCCGCGGCCACUGCGGCAACCGUUCCAUGCACCUUAAGCUGCCCUGUGGUCAUCUCUGAUGACGAUGAUGAUGAUGUCAUCGAGGUUUCUGCGGUGAUGAAGGUGCAGGCUGUGGAGGAUGAGGAGGAGGAGUAUCCUCGUAAGAAGCAGAAGCGAGCUGUGGUCAUCUCUGAUGAUGAUGAUGAUGACAUCAUCGAGGUUUCUGCAGUGAUGAAGGUGCAGCCUGUGGAGGAUGAGGAGGAGGAGGUUCCUCGCAAGAAGCAGAAGCCAGCUGUGGUCAUCUCUGAUGAUGAUGAUGAUGACGUCAUCGAGGUUUCUGGGGUGAUGAAGGUGCAGGCUGUGGAGGAUGAGGAGGAGGAGGUUCCUCGCAAGAAGCAGAAGCCAGCUGUGGUCAUCUCUGAUGACGAUGAUGAUGACGUCAUCGAGGUUUCUGCUGUGAUGAAGGUGCAGGCUGUGGAGGAUGAGGAGGAGGAGGUUCCUCGUAAGAAGCAGAAGCCAGCUGUGGUCAUCUCUGAUGAUGAUGAUGAUGACAUCAUCGAGGUUUCUGCAGUGAUGAAGGUGCAGCCUGUGGAGGAUGAGGAGGAGGAGGUUCCUCGUAAGAAGCAGAAGCCAGCUGUGGUCAUCUCUGAUGACGAUGAUGAUGAUGUCAUCGAGGUUUCUGCAGUGAUGAAGGUGCAGGCUGUGGAGGAUGAUGUUCAGGAGGUUCCUCGUAAGAAGCAGAAGCCAGCUGUGGUCAUCUCUGAUGAUGAUGAUGAUGACAUCAUCGAGGUUUCUGCAGUGAUGAAGGUGCAGCCUGUGGAGGAUGAGGAGGAGGAGGUUCCUCGUAAGAAGCAGAAGCCAGCUGUGGUCAUCUCUGAUGACGAUGAUGAUGACGUCAUCGAGGUUUCUGCGGUGAUGAAGAUGCCGCUGAAGGCAAAGGAGAAGCCCCAGGGCCCUCCAGCCAGGGAGCCUACAGCAGAGGCCCUGGAGGCAGAAGCCAGAGCUGCACUGGGCCGAGGUGACCCUCAGGAGGUGCUGCGCAGUGCCUUCAAACUCCGUGUCACCCGGGAGGCCAUGGGCACGCUCAGGGAGGGCCAGUGGCUGAACGAUGAGGUCAUCAAUUUCUACCUGCAGCUGGUGGCAGAGAGGAGCAGGAAGGCUGGAUAUCCUUCUGUCCAUGCCUUUAGCACCUUCUUCUACCCCAAGCUGCUGUCUGGUGGCCAUGCAGCGGUGAGAAGGUGGACCAGGGACGUGGAUAUAUUCCAGAAAGACAUCAUCCUGGUUCCCAUUCACCUGGGGAUGCACUGGGCACUGGUGGUCAUUGAUGUCAGGAAGAGGGCCAUCAGAUACUAUGACUCGAUGGGGCAGAGGGGCAUGAAGAUCUGCCAGGCUCUGCUCCAAUACCUGCAAGAGGAAAGCCGCAGCAGAAGAGGCCUGGAGCUGGCUUCUGCCCAGUGGAGUCUGCACAGCAUGGGGGCCCAGGAGAUCCCUCAGCAGAGGAACCAGAGUGACUGUGGGGUCUUCCUCUGUCAAUAUGCUGAGUCCAUCUGCAGGGAGAGAGCCAUCACCUUCAGCCAGAGCCACAUGCCCAGGUUCAGAAAGAAGAUGGUGUGGGAGAUCAUUCACCAACGGCUCCUCUGA